GACUGCUUAAUCUUUCGGUUAGUCGUCCUCCCUUGUCAACUGUGUUGCCGUUGCCCUGUGUUCCACACCAUGGCACGCCACAGUAAGCUGCAAAAACAGGUGUUGUCUCUGUACCGCCAGUUCCUGCGUGCUGGCCAGGACAAGCCAGGCUUUCUACUCAGGAUCCGGGAUGAGUUCCGAGAGAACUCCAGCAUCAAGAAGACUGAUGUCAUGCACAUAGAAUACCUUUACCGGCGCGGACAGAGACCGCUAGACCAGCUGAAAGAUGUGAACACAAAGCAACUAGGAACUUUCUCCAAACCUAAGGCAGAGCGAUAACCAACACUAUUUCCGUCUCCACACCCUCUGUUGUAGCUACCUCUAGUUAUGUGGAUAAUACACCGUUAUCCAUUGUGUUACGUUCAUCAUUCACUAGUCAGAUUACUACUUGCAAUCUGCAGCUGAGUAAGUGCAGUCAUUGUCCUAAGCAAUGGCCAUUGUUCUGAACUGUAUGACAGUACCAAUGCACUGUACUCUUUCAUAGAGCUGGAUACCACCACUGAUGAUGAUGAUGAUGAUAAAUGUUUAAGUCAAUCUCUGGCCAGUGAGUUUGUUGGGUUGAGCAGACCAGUUGCUCUGGUCAUUGUUGUAAAAUACUUACUUUCAUCUUGCUAUAUUUACCUGUUGAGUGUUUUGGAUUAAAGACUUUUAUCAUCAGUAUGGGAAGUGAAUUUGACUAUUAUGUAUAAUACU